AUGCUACUGCAUGCAAAGACCGAGGAUGAGGUGAGCAACACCCCCAGAUCAUCUUUCUGCUCUUUGCUGAAAACUGUUGGCCUCAAACUUGCACUGAAUCCAAACUCAUAUGCAUGUAUAAUAGGCAUGAUUUGGGCCUUCUUAGCUAACAGAAGGAUCAAUUUUAAUCAUGUCGAAUCGAAAGCUGGUACAGGCACUGCCUUUAGCAUGGGAUUGUUCAUGGCAAUGCAAGAGGAAAUAAUUGCCUGUGGUGCAAGUUUAACUGUAUUUGGAAUGGCUUUGAGAUUUAUUGCUGGACCAGUCGCCAUGGCCAUCGGUUCGCUCGCAGUGGGGUUGCAUGGCGAUGUCUUGCGUGUUGCUAUAAUACAGGUAGCUUCCACCAAAAUUCAUCACAAAACUUCGAAAUGGCAUAGAAUUUAA